CCCCAUCUUGAUAUAAGUCCGUCCGCCCUUCGCCCUCCAACGAGAUCCCUUAUAUAUUUCGUCCUCGCUCCUGAGCGACGCGACGUUGUCCGCGAAUGCCCCCGUCGAGCGUCGAGCGCGACCACGGGGGUUAAGUGUCGCCGCCUCGCUGGGUCUGUCUCCCCGGGUCCGUGACCGCGUUUCGCUUCACCCUUUCCCGCAACUUCCAACGCUCGUGCCUGCUCCGAUUUUGAAAGAAUAGUGCAUGAAAUAAGUGCGUCCCCCCGCGGGUACACGCGCGAGUUCUCCAGUUGUCAGUUUAAUUGUCAGUGCCCCGACACCGUUCGCUGUCAAUCCCAACGCGGCGUCGACGCGCGGCGAAACGUCGAUCAGGGUCGAGGAACGAUCCUCGUGCGGAGGUACGGUCAAUCGAGGGCGCCCGACGGCCGCGGCGGUCAAAGUAUUCCCGACCGGUCGGCUCUCCGGUCGAAAUGCGAUUAUCGCGUGAAUCGCGUCGCGUAUUAGCGAGCGACGUCGCGAGCUUGCGUGAUUGCGAACGGUGACGAAAACUCCAGGGAUAGAACGAUAGAACCUCCGGCGAGGUCGAUCGGGGUAAUUGUGACACGGAGGACCGGUGGGAGGGGAUGGCACGGCAACGAUAUUUUCCCACGGGUGACUAAGGCACCCUUCCACCUUCGCGCGAUCGUUUAUUAAAGACGAACACGUCGAGGAUAACGAUCGCGAGUUUUUCAAGUAAAAAUAUCUUCGAAGACCCGGCGUGUGCUCCAGUAUAAUUUCGGUCGGGCGGUGUGAUCGGGAGAGAGUUCGAGGAAGGUGAUCGUCUCGUACAUCCCCCACGGCACGCACACGCACGCUCUCUCUCUCUCUCUCACUCAUUCUCCCUCUCUCGUCUGGUCUCAACCCCCGCGUCGUCUCUCUUUACGCGGACCCCGAGCGCCGGGGGUUUACGUCGCCGGGACGGCAGAUGUCAGGAUGCCGGAGCAGAGCAACGACUAUCGCGUGGUCGUGUUCGGGGCGGGCGGCGUCGGCAAGAGUUCCCUCGUGCUGCGCUUCGUGAAGGGGUCCUUCCGCGAGUCCUACAUCCCGACCAUCGAGGACACCUACAGACAGGUGAUAAGUUGCGACAAAAACAUAUGCACACUUCAAAUUACGGACACAACGGGGUCCCAUCAGUUUCCCGCUAUGCAGCGGCUCUCUAUAAGCAAAGGUCACGCCUUCAUCUUGGUGUACUCGGUGUGCUCACGGCAAAGCCUCGAGGAGCUACGACCGAUCUGGGCCGUGAUAAGGGAGCUCAAGGGCCAAGAUAUCUCGCAGAUACCCAUUAUGUUGGUCGGGAACAAGUGCGACGAGAGCCCGUCGGUGCGUGAGGUGUCGAUGAGCGAGGGCGCAGCCGAGGCGGCUAACUGGGGCUGCGGCUUCCUGGAGACCUCGGCCAAGACGAAUCACAACGUGGACGCCCUGUUCCGGGACCUGCUCACUCUCGAGAAGAACCGCUCGGUCUCGUUACAGCCGGUGCAGAGCAACAACGCGAUAAGACUUAAGGAGAAGUGUGCCAUUAUGUAAAAAUUCGCCACGCUCCGACGACGACAACGACGACACGUGCGAUCGCCGGUGAGGCCCCUCGCCGCCUCCGGGGCGCAGCAUCCCCGGAUCCGUCGUCUCUCGAGAUGGGGCCUCGCCGCCAUAUACCCGUCGAAUGAUAUCCCAAGCCGGUUUUUCGCCAACGACGGACGACUUGUUCGCGACUUGAAUCCCUCGCGGCUUCCGACUCCGUCGAGAUCCGUCAAAAGGUUUAUAGCGUGUCGUACUUUGUUUCGUUCGUACGAACGCGGGCCUAGAGAAUAUCCGCGAGACUUCGAAUUUUUAAAGAUAAUUUUUUAAGGAUCCUAAGAGAAAGUUUUAGAAUUUUCAAUUUCGAGAACGAGUCUGGGCCUUGACGGAUUAAUCGGUGCGACCUGAGGAAGACCAGGAGGCGUUUUAAGUCGACGAACACGUAGGAGUUGUACUCGAAUUCGUUGUAUCUGUUGCUCGUCGAUGGCGAAGCCUUUUUAAUUUAAGUUACAAUACUUUACGCAAUAGACCGCUCGAUCGCGUAUAAUUUCUCUGUGCUCGAUGAUGACAAAUUACUCGAGUUCCCGCUCUUGUUUUUCUUGACUCCGUCAUAGAAUCGUCCGCGGUAAUCUCGAUCUGCGACGAGGGUCGGCAAAAGCAACGAUAUCAGUUUUAUCACUGAAAACAGUCGCGCGUUUCUCUCAGCUGCGGAUACGGAAAGUCUGGCGAUAAUAAUAUUGUAACGAGCAACGUUACAAACUAAUCAUUAUCUGCACGCAACAUAUCACGAGAUGUAAGAUAUCGAAAUAUCUGAUAUUUUUAUUUAAAGACACGAGAAUUAAUUUUUAUAAAGUUUAUUCUGCGUUAUAAAGAUCUGGUCACUUGUGACCACAUUUUCAAAAAGUUUUUCCCAUAAAUAUCAUCAUACGUUCUUAUUUUAAUAGUAAUGAUAUGAAUAAACGAUAAUAUAAUGCUAACGAUAUAUAAAAGUCGUAAUUAAUUAUAAUUAAUUCCUCGAGAUAACAGCGAGACAAAUCCGAGUUAUCGCGAUUGAUGAAAUCGCUUCUUGUCAUAAUUAACUUCAAGCUCUCCGUUUAAUAAUAGCGACGGAUAAUUAGUAAUUUCUAUAAAAUCUCUUUUUUCGCAGGGCCGAAAAGACCCCCGACGAUUAUCGUCGUGUAAAACGAUUACAAAAUUAAUCUCGUGCUUAGUUGAGCGAUUAUCAGGAUAAUCGUUCUAGCGGGAUUGUCACUCUCUUUUUCAGUUUCCGCUGAAACAUUCACACGUCUCAAAAUCGUUCCUUUUGCAUACGGAUAAAUAACGAAUUGUCAUGGAAGAUCGACGAAUACGAGGCGCGGUUUUGUCACUCGCAAUCGAGACGGUCUACGAGGUGGAGGGCAGCCGUAAAAGUAGCCCUUUUUCCGUAGAUCGAUUUACUGAAUCUCGUAUAUAACAUAAAACGUAUAUCAAUUCAGUAAAUUUGUAUCGAAUGUGAAAAAUGUUGAAGAUACGCGAAUCCUGUAGAAUAUGAUUGAGCUCGGCGGGCAUUAAAAAGAUAUAUAUAAAUUUCGGAAAGUGACAACGUUAAAAGAUUCAGCAAAAUGUACCGUACGCGAAGAUCGUUUAAAAAAAGAAUGAAUUAUCGCCGAGCGCGUAUCUAGACUCGAGGUAAAAGUAUGUUGAAAAAUAUGAACCUGAAUGUGGUUGAGGGCUUUAAAAAGGGAUCGUCGGGCCAUUCGGCGUGGCCUUUUUUCGCGGACCACCUCAAUUUAGCUAACGUGCUGAAUCGAUAAUAGCCGCGACCGGUGCCCUUCCAUGAAAAUUCCGCAAUGCUCCGCAAUCGGAGACUACCGCACGACGACUAGGGACUGGUGUAAUGCGCGCGCGUGAAAGUUUUUCGUGAGGAUGACAACAGAGAGAGCGAGAGAGAGAGAGUGCGAGAUUAAAUGAGAGAAAGAGAGGGAGAGAGAGAGAGAAAGAUAUAUGAAAGUGCGUGUGCGAACGACGAAUAAACAAGUAGAUAAAAGUUGUUACGAGAUUGGUUUUUGUUGAAUAGUUGUAAGAAUUUUGUAAUGACUACGCUAGCUAAUUAGAGUUACAAAUGGACAGCAAUGGACAUAACACAGCAAAUCCGCGUACACACAGCAACAAACAUACACACGUAUGCAGAGUAACAUGCAAGUUGUAUUAAUUUAUAAUUUAUAUCAUUGAACGUGCAACGCAGCACACACUCACACAGACACACGCGUAGGCGCAGAUUCGUUGACAGGCGAAUCGCGAGAGAUUACGAGAUUGUAACUGUACAUGUGAUUACGGCACACGUUUUCCAUAUCGAUGCAGCGUUUUUAAUGGUUUUUUUUUUCUAGUAGGAAAGAGUUAAACCUGAGGCGUUUUUAGGCGUUCUCACGGGAAACCUCGGACGAACAUAGCAGAACGUAGACAAUUAGUGGAAUAAUUAUAUCACGUUCUCUCACCUAUUCCUCUCGUCCACCUCCCGCCUACCCCCCUUUUGCGGCACAUCGUUGAACGUAUCCGUAUAGUGUUUCUCGUGACGCGCGUUCUCUCGCGGCCAUCCCUUGUCAUCCCAUUUUACGGAUAUAUCAGAGAAGACCGGAGGCCUCUUCUUCCUCCGCGAUAUAUAUGUUCCUCGGGCCAACGUCGCGACGCCGCCCGUCGCGUCCGCCGGGCGUCGAUACGAUCGAUGUAACACCACGUCGCGCUAACGAUGAUGUUGAUAAUGACGAUGAUGGUUCGCCGCCUGCACUUGAACGCGUCUCGACUACUGGGCUCCGUGUGAAGGGCCGUAUUUAUAGCCGUCGACACUCGAGAUGGCUAGUGUCUCGAGAGUGUAUCGAGUGAUGUGCAUACGCUCAUCAAGGACCUAAAUCGAGUCCUAUCGAGCUAACAUACAUAUCGCGUUCUCGCAAUAAUGUCCCUCGCGGAAAAACUCGUCGAGUUACAAUAUUACAAUAUUCUAAAGCCGAGUAUUGAAAAGUCGGAUUUAAAAAAAAAACAUACUCCUUAUAUAUCGCGUCUCAUCCCAUCCUCUCUAUACGGCUGCUCACUCGACGCGUUCUCAUUUAACUUUGAAUAGGAACAAAGAUAAGAUCCUAUUGAAUCCUCAGACGGCUCCGCUUACAUUGCUUUACUUAUUGUGUCUGAAUAAUUUAAUUGCAAUCCCGCUAUAAAUACGUAAAUACACGCUGUGAGAGAUAUCGCGGCAAGGCCGACGGACGCGUACGGCGGCGACACGAGGUUAGAGCUAAUCGGCAAUCUGAAUCGAAAUUGGAGAUCGUCCUUUGAACAAGUCGACAAUAUGUCCCUGGCCGGGCCGGUGCGUCAGUUGCUGGCAACGUGAAUGCCAUCAAUUAUAGCGAUCAUCGAGGCGAGCCGAGGCUAGAAAUGGCCAUUCGGAGAAGGUCACCAACGACGAAUAUUAUUACAGAUAUUAAAUAAUGUCGUUCAGACUGAAAAUUAAUUAGAAAAAUUAAGACUAAUGCAGUUAUAUAUAUUUUUGACAUAUAAAAAUACGAUUUAUAGUGAUCACGGAAGAAAGUUUCGAAUUGCUCGGACGGCUUGUCUCGAGAAAGAGAAUCUAGGUUUGUAAGUCACUUUUUCGAAAGAUGACAUCGGAGAAUAAUAUAAAAACUGUCAACGUCGAAAAGAAGUUCAGAAUGUCGAUACCAGUAGCUGUCGCUGGCCAAUCCUAUAGUGGCGGCCACGCUGCGCCGUUUUCGUUGCUCGAAUCUACAUAUCCGUCGAGGAGGUACUCGGGACUCUUAUCCAACGAAUUACACGUAAAAUCAUCCGACGAUUCACCCCCGCGGCGCUCUCCGUGUCUCUCACUCACACGGGGAAGGGAAAAAAAGAGAGAGAAGAGAAGGCCGAAUCGAGAGGGACGGGAAUUUGUUCGCCGCGUGAUAUUACGAAUUCCUCCGCGGGGAAUCGCUCUCUCGAUCGAGCCCUUAAGUCCGAGCUGCCUCGAUCUCGCGGAAGUGAAAAAUUCCCGCCGUGCUCGUUUUGACUCGUCUGAUUUUCAUUCCCCCGAACCUAUCGCCCCGGCUGCGGCUGCUCGGCAUUCCGGACUCCGCGCCGGUCCGGGCUCUCUCGGUGUUUCCGGCGGAGCAAAAGAAAAAGAAGAAAACGACGAAACAGCUUUAAGGGACGGAGAUCCCAUUCCCGUCUGUCGACCGAUAGCUUAACGAACCGCGUAUACCGGAUUGUCUGUCACGUCUCGUUGAUAUUACUGCGACGCGCGCUGAAACGAGGUCGGUCCUCGUGUGUAUACGUUGUAUACCACUUGUACGUAGCCGUGUAUUACUUGCUACAACUACGAUUGUUAGGCGUGCUUCGCACUUCGCUUCAUCGUAGGUAAUUAUCGCCAUUGUCGUCGUACAGAACGUCGUUUUUGCGUGACGAUGUUAAGCCGAGCACGGUAAACGGUCUUAUAUCCCACGUUCUAACGGUCUCCGCGAAUACGCUAAUCUCUCAUCUCGGGCUGUCACGUUAUCGUUUAUCACGCGACGCGUUUGGCGUUCGCCGUGCUCGGAGAAGCGUCAUCGCCGAAAUUUUUUCUAAUUUUUGCGCGAGCAACGAGGGAAAAGGGAACGUCAGAGCGCUGACCCCUCCUUCCCGACGAUAGAAAGGAACGACAGUCCCUCGCGCCGACCUUCGGCGCCUUUUUUUACGAGGACCUUGUUUAUUAAAUCAUAAUAUGCCGUGUUUAAACGUAGCGCGUAACGUGUUUAAUAAAUGAUCGUUAAAUAAUCCGAGGAAAUUCCUAACUAAGUGUAAAUUGUAUAUAAGGUUUUCUAUAUUCAGAGAUAUAUCCCGAUACCAAAGUGUAUACAUACGUACCUAUAAUUAUUACAAUUAUUAUUAGAGGAUUAUUAGUCAAAGGUGGUUUUUUGCGAGCGUUUGCUCUCUUGAUUCCGACGAGGCAGCACGUGGCGAUGAAAAAAAAAACAAGAAAGGAGAAGAGAGCAUUCGCCGCUACUUUCUAAAUCACUUGUUAUCAAAUUGGUCGAUCGAUUACGAACCACACGUAGUAUUAUCCCGUAAUUAUAGGGAGUACCAGUUAGUAGAAUAGGAUAUAUUAUAUAUUAAAUAAGGACACACACACACGCAAACACACAUGUACACGCUCACACGAAGAGAUACACAUUGACAUUAAUUAUGCAAAAUGUAUGUCGCGCAGACUUCGUCAUAAAGGUCUACGUACUGUCGUCUUUAUAUAUGGGAAAGUGCGAAAAAGUGUCAUUUUCUCAUUGUCAUGCGUUUAGCUGUUUGGAAAUAUUUUAUUUGCUGGCUAAAGGAAAUUAAAAACGUAGGCAAAUCGCUAUCUCGAGGUAGGAGAACGCGACGGUUUAUCUUAUCGAUUCCAAUACUUUCUUGCAGUUUUCUCGCGGCUUCAAUAUUGGAAGGAGAGAGAAUGGGCCGAUGUAGAUUUUUGCGACUAAUUAGGUAAAUGGUAUGUGUAUGCAGAGUGUUUUCCGUCUCGAUUUUUGGACUAUCGACUAACGUGAGGUCGAUUUCUCUUUAACGAAGAUGUCGCAGUACCGUACGCAAAUUCGCGAGAUCGACGAAAGUAAGAAAUACGUACGUGAAAAGAUCGUGCGUUUGCACUUUCAUUGAAAAAAAGAACAGAGGAGAAGGGAGUCGAAUGUCGAAUAAAAUAAACUGCUCGGGCAGUUGACUUCCGAAUGGAACGUUGCCAGAAGACACAGUUGCCGAUUGAAUUUCUUUUAAAGACAAAUCGACCGAUGAACUCUUGCCGAAACAUCCGCGGUCCAGCGUAAAUCGUCAAGGACAUAGUCUGUAGGUACACGUAAUAGAUUCAGAUUUAAUAGAAUCUUAUCGAGAGCGAGAUAGAGAUUACGAAGUCGAGCUUUGGGCUUUGAAGACAGCAAGGAGAAAGGUAGAAAGAAAUUCAGAGGGGAAGGACAAGUUUGUGAGGAGCGGGAAUGAACGUAUAUACGUAAACUUAUACGGACACACGGUAUCCUCUUAGUUGCUGGGGCCAAUUGGUGUUACGGAGGGAGAGAAUAUACGUACGUGCGCAUUGUGCCGCUUAUACCCACUUCACGAUGGCUCUUCGCAUUUUCGCCAUACGAAAUUAUCAAUUUGGGCGAGCACAUAAAAAUGAAAUCGGUGAUUUUUUUUAUAAUUCAUUUGACAACCUAUUGGAACUUUUAUAUUUUCGACGUCUCGCGUACGUCUUUUCGCAAAUCAAACUGUAUAAUCGAGUCGAAAGUCAAAAGUUCUCUCACGCAAGAAGCGAUCAAAGAUCGAAACAUUAUAAAAUGCCACGUAACGUAUAUCGAAAUUAGAAAUUUUGUUACUACGACGAGGAUAAUGACGAAGUGCGACGAGAGCAAAAGUUAAGCAAGUAUAAACGUACGUAUACACAAUACACACACGUACACGUACACACGUCAGGUGACAAAACGAAACACACAACGCAUUGCAGUAGCCGAAAUAUAAGAGUAUAAGGAUCUCGAGUGAUAUUAAAGCGCUUUCGUUGACGCAAUGCGAUCUCAACGAUAUCGAAUCUGAUGCUGCGUUAUCGGGGAGUUUUGCGGUACGGUAUCUCGAAUACGGUAAACGCCGAAGAAAAGCUGCGAGUCUCAUGGCAGCGACUUUUUAUCACCCCCGUUCACAUCAUCGUCGUUAAUUAUAUUAUUAUUAUAAAUGUCGACGUGAGAAAAUUAUCGUUCUGAUGUAAAUAAUAAUUUCUGAUUGUUGUAUAUACGUUAAUUAUUAAUAUUACACGUACAUUAAUUACCUUAUCACUUAAUUGGGUCAUAUUAAUAGAAGCGGAGCGAUUGCUCUUAAUAACGAGAGAGCAAAACCAGAAGAGGGUCUUUCAAUUUUUUGCUUUUAGUAUACGAAACAUUUGCUUUAUGUCUCUUAUAUGUCAAAGUAAAAGAUGAUGUUAGGCAAAUUUAUCAAAGAAAAAAUUUGCUCCACUUUAUUUGUUAUGAUCUGACGUAGCACCAGCGUUUAGCGUAUUCCAAGCACAAAUUGCAAAAGAUCUCCAUUAUCAGCGUGAUAGUUAAAUACGUACUUCCGAAUGGAAAGAAAAAAAAAGAAAAUCCGGCCCGAAGCGUCGUUCGACAAGUGCGUUGCGCAUAUUUUGCCGCCGUUUGUAGGCGCGGACUCCCCCUAUAAAUCCUCUUCGCACAAAUAACAGAGUAACGACGACAAAGUAGCGUAACUUACGACGGACCAUAUCAAUGAAUCAUAUCAACCAACACAAAAGUAAGAGAGAAAAAUAAGAAGGCAAGGAGGAUAUCGUCGAUUUGUGAAUCUGGGGCGUGCGAGGCGGUAAGUUUUUGACAUGUGCUUUUAAAUGCAACGAGCUCUCCUGUACAAAAGUAUCGCCGAUUUUCAGCGGUCGUUCUUGCUGCUAACUUACGUUAUACGUUCGUCGAGGGAAAUUCGUAUUAUUCGCGGAUUUUAAUCGACUGUAUAUUUCAUAUAACCGCGCCAAAGUUUUCGUGGACGAAGCCGUUUCGUUUUUUUUUUAUACAAAUAUUUAUUCGAUCGUACGAAGGCCUUUGAAUUAAGAUUUGUGCAUUUUUGACAUUAAACUUCCGCAUCAUAUCGCGACGUAGUCUCGCUUGUAAGAUACGAAUUCGCGCAACAAUUUAGAAAUAUGCGAAAGUACGAAUUCGCCUCGACGCACAUUUGUUUAGGCUUAAGCUUGCUGUAAGUGAUUAAUGAUUUGUUAAAGCAACUUUUCUUGAUCUCCGUUAAUCGCGCGACGAAACGACAUACAACGCUUUAUCCGCAAAUUGCUUGCCGCGAGCCUGUAAAAUCGAGAUGUGCGAAUAAAUAAAUGUAUAAAAGUAAUAGAGAAUGAGAUACAAAGGAGACACGAACGAGUAGAGAGGAAAGUCGCGCGUGGAACGAAUCUCGAUGAUUGUUAAGCAGGGAUUACUCAAUGAAACCUUUCGCACCUGGAACCUGCUGCUGAGCUGAAUGAUGCGAUCGAGAUAAAACUAAUUUUAAUAAUUUCUAUUGUAUUUUAUUAUGUAUUCUAUUUUGGAAAAUUUAUUGCCAAAUCAUCCGGUGUAUCCUCAAAAAUAAGAACGUGAAAGAUAAAAAUACUUACAUUAGGCUACUUUAUCGGAAUCGCAAUCGUGUAAUUUUUUUCUGCAAGAUGAGGAGAGGCUCAGAUUUUAUUGCAUUCUUUCCCGUCGGACAUUUAUGUGAUCCAGACGUAUUUAAUUAUCGAUCGAAAUGUUUAAUUAUAUAAGGUUUCGAAGCGUCGGAUUUAUUUCAACGUUAUUCUACUUUGAGAUCGUAUUCAUGGCGGCUCUUAAUAUUUUUCGUAUCGAUCUCCCGACAUCAUUCAGUUCAGAAUCUAAAAGUUCGGGAAGGUUUUUAGCUGCUGAACUGGAAACGGGCAGGCGUUCGGCGGGAUGAAAAGUUCCUUCACGCGUUAAGGACACGUGAGAAUGAGGCGAGGGAGGAAAAAACGCGCGUUCCCACUCUCUGUACACGUUAAAAAUACACACGUUCCACACACGUAUUGCGAGAGUGCACGUAGAGAAUGGCGCAAAGGGUGUCUAAUUAUCUAUUUAAAUAAGCGACCAAUACACGCUGAGAUAAAUAGGCUUGUUAUUGCGACAAAUUUGCUCAUUCAUUAUCAACCGAAGAAUCGUUAAUCAGCUACGAAUCUGUACUCGUGAGAAUUAAAUGAUCUUGAUUCUUGGCAA